AUGCAAGCCGCCCUUCGCCAGCUUGUCGGGCGGAUCGCAGAGGGGGCCUCGACUGGCCUCGUCGUGUGGGCUGGGCGGCCGACCUGCCCCGCGUGUGAGUGCUCGCCAGUCCUGAAGUGUCCGCCACUGACUUGCACGACUGGCGACGUGGCCUACAUCGCGCCGGUGACGCCGCUCACGGUUGCGGUCCUCUGCGCUGGCGUCGCCUUGCUGUCCUUCUUCACGGGCCGGCUGACGCGCUGGGGAGCUAAGGGCGGGCGGUACGCCGACGACCUGGACACCACUGCUCGGGCCCAGGUGGCUCAGUACAAAGCCAAGGUGGGCGACUUCUGUGUGGUGCGCUACAACGUCCCAGGUGUGCCCCUGUACCACGAGAGGCUGGUUCACUACCUGCCGUUGGGUGCCGGGCUGACCGUGUCCAUCACCACGCCCGAUGGUGACGAGUACGAGGAGGUGUGGGGCCUGCCCGACAUCGUCGAGUGGGAGCCGCUGCCAAACCGACAGCCGGGUGGCGUGUUGAUGGGUCAGCCAGGAGCGCGAUACUAUCGGUUCAGAGCUGGUGCGAUGCCGACCGCCGCGAGCCUCACGGCGUCCGCUGUGGCUGCUGCCGGGCGCCUGGGCCAGCCCGCGCCAGGCGGGCCCUUGGUGCCAGCCCUCGGCGGGCGCCUCGUCGGGCCGCCGGCGGGAGGUGCCGCGCCUGGCGCGGUCGAAGCCGGAGGCGCCGCGGCCCCGCUUGGCGGGGCACCUGGCGCGCCAGCGGCGGCCGCGGCAGCUGCGCCGGGCGGAGUGGCCCCGGCGGCGGGGCUUGGCGGCCUGGUGGCGGCGCUCGGCGGCCCAGCGGCAGGCGCGCCCGCGGGUGGUGCGGGUGCUGGCGGGCAUGUCCAGGACGCGAGGGUGCUCCCGGUGGUGUACGACGCCAUGGGCAACCGUCGGCGGGAGUUCCGCGAGGCGGUGCUGGCCUGCCGGGAAGACCCGUGGGCGGGGUGGCCCGUGCGCGGGCCGCGCACCGCGCUCUGGGUCCUGCGGUACAUCGUCGACCACGGCGGGACGCCGACGGGGAUGCACUCUCGGUGGCGCAGUGAGGCCCGCCUCCAGGAGCACGAGCCCGGGGUGCAGGAGCAUGAGCGCUCGUGCCGCGCGCUGGAGGAGCUCAUCUGCUACGACCAGUGCAAUGGCGCGAACCUGGCGACCGUGGAGCUGCUCGUGCGGAACAUCCAGGUGCAGCAGGAGAGGUACCGCGACAGGAGCGCGGGCGGCUCAGGAGGCGGUGGCCCCGACAGCGUCGACACUCACCUGUACAUGGGCAGCGAGCUGACACGAGGCGGCCGGCGCGGCCCCCUGACUGAGACGCCUGUGGACCGCGGUGCCUCUACCGGUCCGCCGAACAGAGAGGUUUUUGACAUGCUGGGGCAGAGUGCCCGCCAGCGCGACAUUUUUCCGCUGCCCCCGCUGUGCCGAGAUCACGUCUGCGCGGCGGGCCGCCGGGACCUGUCCAGGGUCACCAGGCGGCGUGGUGAGGCUACCAAGCACAUCCUCGAUUGGGGCGACGACUGCAUCGACGCCCUGAACGACUUGCACGGCCACCAGGAUCGGCCGGCGGCCCCCGCCCACGCUGGUCAGCGACACGCAGUGGAGCAUGUCGAGUCGCGAGUGCGCGCGCUGGGCAAGCCCCCACCAGAGGCAGGCUUUCGCGAGGGAGCCCUUCGUGAGCUCCUCGCGGGGGCGGGGAUCUACCAGACGGGUGAUCUCUCUUCCCGACGGCCGUAUGUCAAGGAGUCCAUUUCCUGGCCCUCGCCCGACGCGCAGCCCGUCCCGCUGUGCGCCUGCCUGGGCGAGGCCGAGUCUGAGUGGCUGGGCCGCUGGCAAAGCACCUUGCUCAGGCCAGAUCAACCUACAGCAGCCGAACGUGCUGAGUUCUGCCCGGCUGGACCUUUUUUUGACCCCAGUCUCUUCAGUAAGCCUCUGCUUUACGCCGAUUUUGUCGCCAAGCUGUUGGCCCGCGGCAUGGUGGAGCUGAAGGAGGACUGCGAUGCGGCCACCGUCGGCUGCUUCUUCGUCGCGAAGAAGAACAACAAGUUGAGAGUGAUAUUUGAUACGAGGUAUGCAAAUCUAUUCUUCGGGCGACCAGCUCGGACCGCUUUGCCGACGGCUACAACGCUGGCGGCUUUCGAGAACCCAGGGCACGACACUUACAUUGCCUCGGGCGACAUCGACAAUGCUUUUUACAGGCUGCGGCUGCCCGACGGCCUGUCGUCCUACUUCAGGCUGCCCGCCCUGGAUGCCAGCCUGCUCGGGAUCACGCACCUGGGCGGGGCGCAGCUCGCGCGAGGGGCGCGGGUGCAGCCCUGCGUUUGCGUGCUGCCGAUGGGCUGGAGCCACGCGCUGGCCCUCUGUCAGGGCGUGUUGCGGCGGGCCCUGGACACCGCGGGGUUCACAGAUGGGCAGUGCAUCGAGGACGGGAAGGCCGGGGUCGUGGUCGGCGAGGAGGGCGCCCUGGCGGUCGCCGGCUACGUCGACAACUACGCUGCCCUUGGUCGUUCACCGGCCAUCGUCGACCGGGCCGCCCUCGCCGUCACGCGCGUGCUGACGGAUAAGGGGCUGCUCACGCACGAUGAGGGGCCGGCCGCCCGCGAUGCCACUUUCGUAGGCUUAGAGCUGAAGAGAGGACGUGAUCUUUCGAUUAAG